GCGAAAAAUCCUCUUUAAGAGGACUCGCCCCUCUGUUCACGGCUUUUUCACGCCCUCGCAUUCGACCAUAAUCUACACUGUACUUGAUCACCUUCAACAUGUCAAUACUCACCGAGCUCAAGUCCGAGGAGGAUUGGAACAAACACAGCGCCUCUCUCCCUUCAACAACACUCCAGAUCAUUUACUUCAAGGCGGAAUGGGCGGCACCGUGCAAGCAAAUGACCACAGUUCUGCAGACACUUGCUUCCUCGUACCCUGCCACCGAUCCUCUAUCAACAUCAUGGAUUUGCAUGGAUGCCGAAGAAGUCAUCGAUGUCAGCGACAACUUCAAUGUUACAGCAGUUCCCUUCCUUGUCUUAAGACGGGGCGAUCGGGUCCUUGAAACUGUCAGCGGAAGUGACGCCACGAAGGUUCGGACAGCCAUAGAAAAGCACGCGAAAUCCUCUGGUACUGGAGCAGUCAACGGGGCAUCAAUUACCACGUCCGCCAGUGCAACAGGAGCAAACAACUUGAGCACAUAUGCACCUACCCCUCAAGAUCCAGUUACGGCACCAGAGCUCUCGUCAAGUGAGGUGAAGGAAGAUAAGGAGGCACUGCAUAAGAGACUGUCGUCAUUGGUCAAAGCUGCACCGGUUAUGCUUUUCAUGAAGGGGACACCAAGUGCCCCGCAAUGCGGUUUCUCGAGACAGUUGGUUGCACUUCUGCGGGAGAAUUCUGUAAAAUAUGGAUUCUUCAAUAUUCUUGCAGAUGAUGAGGUCAGACAGGGUUUGAAGGAAUAUGCAGAUUGGCCUACUUUCCCACAACUCUGGGUCGAGGGUGAGCUUGUUGGCGGCUUGGAUAUUGUCAAGGAAGAGAUUUCGAAUGAUCCAGAGUUUCUUAAGCCAUUUAGUGUCGCAAAGACUCCUUCUGCGCCAGUCCCUGGAACAGCAUAGAGAAUGAUGAUCUUUAUAUCCACACUCCUGAAUCAAACAGCUACUGCAAGGCGGUGUGACUAGACACAACCCGCGAUACUGCCCCUGUGCCAGAACACUUGGACGGUGACCUCGGUUUCGAUUGCCUCCUGAAUUGUUCUAGGCAAACGGGCCGCAUCUUUCCUCAUAACACAGGAGACCUGCUGGGAACAGCGUAAUAUGCAAGUAUUGCUAGGGGCUGAAGCUUGAGGCAUAACUUUUGUGAGGACUCAC